UCCAGACCCACUGAUAGUGCCAUUCCUGCAAACGCCCUGUCCUCCCAUAUUCUCCCUACUUCUAUUUUUUUUUUUUAAUUCAGUGAAGAUUUGCCCUUGGAGCCAGAAUGGAGGACACUUACAAUAACAGGACUUCUCUGGUCAAAGGGGCCAAAGACAUGGUCAAAGAGGCCAAGCGACAUGCUGCCAAAAAAGUGAACAAGGUGGUGGACCGUGCCACAGACGAGUAUUCAUCCCAUCGUAACUAUGCACGAUUUCAGGACGAAGAGGAUGAUAGGGAGGAUUUCUAUCGGAACCAACAGGGGCAGGAGGGAGAGAACUACCAGGACAACGAGGAGGGCUCCAGCGAUGCCACAGAGGGUCACGACGACGAGGACGAGAUCUACGAGGGGGAGUACCAGGGGAUUCCAUCCGCAGGAGACAAAAAGCGUGAGGGCAAGGUGGCACUGGGACAACCCGUGUCAGAUGCCACAAGGGGCCGGGAUGACCUGGAGCAGGAGCGGCAGGCGGACGAAGAGGAGCUGGCCCAGCAGUACGAGCUGAUCAUGCAGGAGUGUGGGCAUGGGAGGUUCCAGUGGCAGCUGUUCCUUGUGCUGGGGAUGGCCCUCAUGUCAGACGGCGUAGAAGUGUUUGUGGUGGGCUUUGUACUUCCCAGCGCAGAAACAGACAUGUGCGUACCCAACUCCAGCUCAGGAUGGCUCGGCAGCAUUGUUUACUUGGGAAUGAUGGUUGGAGCUUUCUUCUGGGGAGGGAUGUCUGACAAAGUGGGCCGCAGACAGUGUCUUCUCAUUUGCAUGUCCACAAACGGCUUCUUUGCCUUCCUGUCGUCUUUUGUCCAGGGAUACGGGCUCUUCCUUCUCUGUCGUCUCGCCGCAGGCUUUGGGAUUGGAGGAGCUGUGCCUAUUGUUUUCUCCUUCUUUGCAGAGGUGUUGUCUAGAGAGAAAAGAGGAGAACACCUCAGCUGGCUCUGUAUGUUCUGGAUGAUUGGAGAGAUCUAUGCAUCAGCUAUGGCCUGGGCCAUCAUACCACAUUAUGGUGAGUUCACAUUCAGUUUAGGGGCUCUGUUUAAAGCUUUUAGCUAUCUUUUCAUCUUGUGGUGGCUGAUAGGCUCCGUAGCAGUGUCCCUGGGACAGAGAAUGAUGCGAGAAGAAGAAGAAGUAUUCCAAACAGGUGAUGGUGCCGGAGGAGUUGAGAGGUCUACUGAGCCACAGGUCCUUAAAUACAGCAGACCUCAUCAGGCUGGAUCAGGAACAGAUAUCGAUGACUCGAAGUUGAUCGAAGGCACAGAGGUGAUUAACAGCACUUUCACUCACAACAAGACAGGAUGCCAGAUGACAUUUGAUGACGACUACAGUGCCUACUGGGUUUACUUCAUCAACUUCCUCGGAACAUUAGCUGUUCUACCUGGCAACAUCGUGUCAGCCCUUCUGAUGGACAAAAUUGGGCGCCUUUCCAUGUUGGGUGGCUCCAUGAUUCUAUCAGGCAUCAGCUGUUUCUUCCUGUGGUUUGGCACCAGUGAGUCCAUGAUGAUUUUCAUGCUGUGCCUUUAUAACGGUCUGAGUAUUUCUGCCUGGAACUCCCUGGAUGUGGUCACGACAGAGUCUUUCCCCACGGACCGGAGGGGGACAGGCUUUGGGUUCUGCAAUGCUUUGUGUAAGCUGGCUGCAGUCAUGGGGAACCUGAUCUUUGGUUCUCUUGUUGGCAUCACUAAGGCCGUCCCUAUCCUCAUGGCCUCAUCAAUGCUCGUCGGAGGCGGCCUGGUCGGACUGCGGUUACCUGACACCCGGACCAACGUCCUAAUGUAACAACACGCCAUGACGAUCACAGA